AUGUCUUACGCCUCCGUACUACGUGAGGCAAAGGAAAAAAUUAAUUUGAGUGAUCUGGGCAUUGAAGCCGUCAAGUUUAAACGGGCGGCGACGGGAGCGGUGAUCUUAGAGAUACCUGGAUCACACAGUGGAGCCAAGGCCGAUGCCCUUGCCAGGAAAUUGAAGGAUAUCUGUCCUAGCGGGGUGAACGUGUCGCGACCUGAAAAGUGUGCCGAGGUUCGAGUGGCUGGCCUUGAUGAUUCAGUCACGUCAGACGACAUCAAAAUGGCUAUAGCGGAGAAGGGUGGCUGUAACCGGGAGCAAAUAACGGUGAGUGAGGUUCGGCCGGACAGGACUGGUUUGUUUGGGGCCUGGGUCCGUUGUCCGAUCGUUGCGGCUAAACAAAUUUCGGAGGGUCGACUGCUCAUAGGCUGGGUCGCAGCUAGGGUUACUAUCCUGGAACGCAGAGAUAUAAGGUGUUACCGGUGCCUCCAAAACGGGCACGUAGCCAGCAGGUGCACAUUUGGUACGGAUCGUAGCGGUCUCUGCUACCGCUGCGCACAACCAGGUCACCGGGCCGCGACUUGCGUGGGCAAACUCAUGUGCGUCCUUUGCCAGGAAGCGGGCCGAAAGGCCGACCAUCGGCUGGGGAGUGCUAAAUGUCCGGCCCCUAGCGCCAAAGUUGCAAGAAGAGAGAGGCCGCGGCACAACAACGUUCCGACCGAUUCAGCCCCACCGGACGGGGAACCAAUGCACUUAGAUGGAAACGUGAAUGCCUAG